GACGACUGAGUAGUACUGAUCGGGCAUGUUCUCAUGAUUAGUACAGAUUCUACAGAUUCUUCAUAUCACAUCAUAAACACCCUUUAUCAACACACUGGCACGGUCCAAUGUCGAAUGUCCUGCUUCUGAGAGCUGCCAAUCAAGACAGCCCGGAUCGAUAUGAGAAUGCUUUCAGAUCUCGCGGAUACCAUCCAAUAUCAGUUCCGGUGCUAGAAACCGUCAUAGUUUGCCGCGAGGAGCUAGCACGCAGAUUGAGCAUCGGUCCAGAGAAGCAGAGCCUUUCUGGAGUCAUAAUCACGAGCCAGCGAGCCGUUGAGGCGUGGUCCGAAGCUGCUCGAUCGUUGAUCAUUGCUGAUAACAACACACCUCUCAAGCCUGAAUUUGACUGGUGGUCUGUGCCGUUCUAUGCAGUUGGAGAAGCUACAUCGGUCGCGCUUCGUGAUCUUUGUGAGAAGAUACCUCUGUAUACACCUAGAGAUAUUCGAGGCGGCUCAGAGACGGGGACUGCGGAACGCCUUGCCGGAUUCAUACUCAAAGAUCUUCCCUCGGAUGGAACAAGUAGAAAACUUCUCUACCUCACUGGAGAUAAAAAUCGCGACACAUUGCCGAGGAUUUUGGAGUCGGCUGGUGUUGCAUUAGACCCACUCCAGGUCUAUGCCACAAAAGGCUCAUCCAUGUUUCCUCACGAUUUAUCGCUUGCCUUAGAACGUCUCAAAGAGGAGGGAUUAUCCUGGGGAUGGAUCGUCUACUUCGCCCCUUCGGCAGCUGAAUUCGUGACGCCAAUCCUACGGAAUCAUUUCGCUCUGCCUGCGGUCAAUCCGAGCACGGAGGAUUGCGCCAAACUUUCAGAACAUCAUCAUGUCAAAGUUGCUGCGAUAGGACCUACUACGGAAUCCUUUCUCCAACAGACUUUGAAGUUAUCGGUGGCAGUAACCGCAAGAAACCCCAAGGCAGAUGAUCUUGCUGAUGCGGUCCUUCAACAUGAUGAGGCACAAUGACAUGCAGUCCCAUACGACAUUCCAUGUAUACCUCUCAUCAAUUGUCAUUACUGCAGAACAUGCUAAGUACAUAUGCCGCUGCCAGAGCUUCGUUCACUUUUCACACAAUCACACGGAAUUGAUGGACAUUACGGAAUGAGAAACCUUACGAAUUGUCGGGCA